AUGGGAUAUAAGAUAUAUUCUAACUCUGACUUAGUUCAAACAGUAACAUGGGCAAACUAUGAAUGGUUCGCUUUGAGAAACUCAGUACAACCACAAGCUAGAGAACAAACAGACCAGUAUGCAAAUAUUGAGAAAAUAAGAAGACUUGACCCUAACGUUCCAGGAGUUUAUGUUAACCUUUCUGGUUCAGAUGGAAAUGCUGCCACUAAAGUAAAACUGAAACUUAGAGUUCCUUUGUCAUCUUUCCUCAUCUUCAGGUUUUUAAGAUACUUGCCAAACUGGGCAGGAAAAAUUUCUAUUGAACUUACUCCAAGCAAAAAUAACUUAGUCAUUGCACCAACACAAGACCCAUUCACUAUUACAGACGUAAAGGGAACAAAUCAAACGUCAUUCGCCGAAUUUUGCAAAGACAAAGUUGACUUAGACUUUGGUUUCUCAAACUUCAACAAUGAAGUAAACUAUUAUUUCAAUGCUGCUGGAACUGCUUGGGACCCAGUUAAGUUCACAUGCGAAAAGUUUGAAUGCAAGAGAAUAGAAAGCAGACUUGCAGUCUAUAUGUUGGACCCAGAUAUUUCAAAUGCUUUAGCUGCCAAAUAUAUUGCAGUUCCACUUAUGUUCCCUAUACACCAAAUAUCUGUCAAAGACUUUGCAGGUGAAGUUGGAAACCAAAGUGCUGACCCAGGUGCAAGAACAGAUAUUGCUUUAACAACUGCAAUGAAACAUGCAGAUACUAUGUUUGUACUGUUCAGACGAACUAUAAAUGACUAUUCUUGUUUCUACAACCCCGGUAUUAAAUAUCAUAUAAACAUAGAUGGCAAAUAUUAUCCAAGAGAAGAAUAUUCUACAGUUGAGGAUAUGAGGUCAUACAACUUGACAUUAGAUGCUAUGAACUUUAACAACAACUUCACAACAACCAUUAACCCUGAAAUGCAAAGUUCUAUUAUGCCAUAUGUGA